GGUAGCCUGCGCGUUGCUUCGUUCAGGCGGUCGCGCAACGUGUUCGUAUUCGCUCCUAUUACGAAACUAUAUAGUUAUUUUUCGACGUUUUUUUGAAUUAAAACCGGAGAAAAAUAACGUCCCACGACCUUAUGUUGCAUCGAUCUCCUUCCCACGUUUGGAUUUUCUUGUUACCGGUGCCGAAUCCGUCCGCCGACAAUGGUCUGCUAACGAGCUAAAUUUUUAACUUAGCACCAUCUGAACAAUGAUCCUAAAAAAAUUGACUAAAUGCUAUAGUAACACUAAUUUUAAACAUUCAAAUUUGAUCGUUUCGCGAGUGUCCAACACGUAAGCGGGAGUUCAUCCGCGUCAUAUUUUAGUUGCUGGGGUGAUAGUAAGUGCGAGUAUAGGCAAAAUGACUACCAAGUUCGCCAGGAGGUGUACGUCCGUGUUGGCGUGUGUCGCGAUAGUCGUGCUGGGGGCUAUCAUCGUGGUGGUGUGGGUGCAGUUCAGUCAAGGUGCCUUCAAGAACAAGCAGCAAUACAACGUGCUCAACGUAACCACCACGACCUCGGCGCAGGAGGGCCCUAGGCACCUCAACAGGUCCAGACACAAAGAAUACAUCGAAAGGACUCAUUUAGAAGAUUUAGGACAUUCGUCGGAUGUAGAAUUCGUGAAACCUCUGAAAAUAAGCCCACUGCCACUACACGACCACGACAUUUUAUAUGACAAACUUCACAAUAACCAUGACAACCCAGUGCUAAGACACCACAGCGGCCAUUUUAGACACAGGACGGCGGAAGUUUGGGACCCCCAUCCUCAAUACGAGAUCGAUGCUUUUGACAGGAAACUUCUUUUAGAACUAGAACAUAACAGCAAAUUCGUCGCGCCAGGAUUACAUAUCAUCAACCACAUCUGGGACAAUCACACGCAGAGGGUCAAACAUGACCCCAAGAUGUCGGGAUGUUUCUACACUGGUCAAGUUCGGGGUGACCCCGGAUCUAGUGUAGUAGUGUCUCUGUGCCACGGAAUGACUGGAUAUAUCAGGACUUCCGAGAGCAACUACUACAUAGAACCUGCUGAGAAAUUCGCCAACGGCACCUUAGGAAGCCUUAUACACAGGAUAAAGAGACUGCCUCAUCCGCCUAAAGACACAAACGAUGUCGUAAAUGAACCCGAAGAAUCUUGGGACAGCAAUGAAAACCGGACCAUCAUCGAGGACGACUACGAGAUAGUGGAACGCCAUCGAGACCACAUACGGAAGAAAAGAGAAAUAGUAGUCGACGAAGAAACUAAGACUGCCUAUAUCGAGACUUGCGAUAUCGACACGGAUAAGGAUUAUUCAAUUUUGGACGAACUAUCCAGGGCGACUCGCGAGAUCGAAUGGGGCAGCUACGCCAAAACCAGUCAGGAGUACUUCGUGAAGGUCCUGGUGGUGGCGGACGAAAGUAUGGUCAAGUACCACGUAAGGGACGACGAUCUCCAUCAUUAUAUUUUAACGUUGAUGUCUCACGUAUCACUAAUCUACAAAGAUGCAACAAUAGGAAACGCAAUUUCAAUCGCAGUGGUGAAAAUCGCUGUGUUAAAGAAUAACGACUUCGCUAAUAGUAAUUCUCAAGAUAUGUUGAGGAAAUUUUGCGAGUGGCAACAGAACAAUAUCUGGCAGAAGACCCACGACGUUGCUGUACUACUAACAAGGAACACCAUAUGUAAGAACUCGACAGCUAACCUGUGCAACACACUAGGGGUGGCAGAAGUGGGAUCUAUGUGUCGACCGUCGAGUUGCGCCAUCGUUAAAGAUAAGGGGCUCGCUUCGUCCUACACGAUAGCUCAUGAGCUCGGACAUGUCUUAAGUAUGCCCCACGAUGAAGACAGGAAGUGCGAACAGUACAACAAAGGGAAGAAGCAGAACAAUAUCAUGAAUAAGAUGUUGAAAAACGACACCAAGCCCUUUAUGUGGUCUCCUUGUUCCAGACACAUCGUCACGGAAUUUUUAGAUUCUAGGAAGGCGAAGUGCCUGAACAAUCCGCCCGACAAAGACUUGAUAACCUCUAGUCACACGAAAAUACUACCUGGGGAUAAAUUUGAGGUUGAUCGUCAAUGCGAAUUAGAAUUUGGCCCCGAAUCGAAAGUCUGUCCCUUCCAACCCCCUUGCGGGCAGCUGUGGUGUACUACGGACAUCGGCAAAGAGGGCUGCAAGACGCAGUGGUCCCCUUGGGCGGAGGGUACCAAAUGCGGGGAUCGAAGCUGGUGUUUCCGGAGACAGUGUAUACCGGAGAAUAGACAACAUUUUAUACCGAUCGACGGGGGAUGGGGCCCUUGGCAAGACUGGGGGCCUUGUAGUAGGACGUGUGGGGGAGGCAUCCAGACCUCGCAAAGGUAUUGCGAUUCACCCGAGCCAGUGAAUGGAGGAAAUUAUUGUAUAGGGGAAAACGUUAGAUACGCUUCUUGCAAUACCAUGGACUGUGAAUCGGGAACGGAUGAUUUCAGGGCAGUUCAGUGUGCCGAGUUUAAUGGAAUAACCAAGAACCUACCGAACUUAACCAGUAACGUGGAAUGGGUGCCAAAGUACGGAUUAGAGCAAAUAGACGAUAUGUGCAAAUUAUAUUGCAGGCCGAAAGAUUCCAACGCCUACUACUUGCUUAAGAGUAAGGUGUUAGACGGCACCAAAUGCGGUUUAACCAGCUUUAACAUUUGCGUUAACGGAAAUUGCAGGCCCGGCGGUUGUGACAAUAAACUUGAGUCCAAGAUGGACUUAGACGACUGCGGUAUUUGUGGAGGGGACAACAGCCGUUGUCAAGAGAUAAGCGGGACGUACAACAAACCUGCUGACACGUCCGGCUACAACAGGGUCGUAAGGAUUCCUAAAGGCAGUUCCAAUAUCAACAUCACUCAAGACCCGUAUCCCUACGCGAACGAUGAAAAUUAUCUCGUUCUGAUCGAUGGAGAAACCGGUAUUCCGAUAUUAAACGGCAACUACAUAGCCAUAACGCACGAGACGGACGUCAUUUUCGGUUCCUUGAUUAUCAAAUAUAGUGGGACUAACGCUACCGUUGAGUGGAUAACCACCCCGAAGAACCAUAAACUAACAAAGGAUCUAGUUUUGUCCGUUUUAUCGGUGGGUAAACUCACCGCGCCGCAUAUUACCUACCGAUACGUUAUAAACAAAGACGAAGCUCCCAGCUAUGGCUGGAGGCUCUAUCAGAAGCAGUGGUCGAAGUGCAAUUCGAUAUGCGACGGCAAGCAGUACCGGAAACCCGUUUGCGUGGAACUCACUACAGGGGGCGAGGUUCCCAACGGCUACUGCGAUGCCAUGGACGAGAGCGUUGUACAGAAGCAAGAGUGCAACACUCACUGCGAACUUACCUGGAACAUCGCUUCUAAAAGCCCCUGUUCUUCGCCGUGCGGCAAAGGAUACCGUCAAGUGCACUACGACUGCAUGAAGGUGUACAAGAAGCCAAGUUACAGCGAAAUCGUCAACGAAAAACAUUGUAGUGUCCUGGCCAGACCUCCCAUGUUAGAAAGAUGCGACUCGGUGUGCAAUUCUACAAGAUGGGACUAUUCCCCGUGGUCCGAGUGUACCAAAACAUGUGGAGGGGGGAUACAGAGGAGAACAGCCAAAUGCGUUGAUGACAAGUACACACCUAUAGACGACUCUUAUUGUAACAAUAGCGAGAUGAUUACAGAACAGAUAUGUAAUACUGAAAGAUGUCCGAACUGGACAUGGGCCGAAACAUCAUCUUGCUCGGCACCAUGCGGUGGCGGUUAUCAGAACGUAACGUACUACUGUGUGUUAGAUGGUAGAAUAUACGAGUACGCCUGUGACAUAAACUCAAGACCGCCCAUCAGGGUACCCUGCAAUGAGCAAGCUUGUGGACGGUGGGCCGCGUCGGACACCUACCACAUGUGCUCAGUGACAUGCGGAAAAGGUACAGAGAGCAGAAAAUUUAUCUGUAAGAAAUUUAAUUCGGAGGAAGUUCUUCACGACGAUUACUGCAGGGAUCUGCCCGUACCCGACGAGAAGAGAGCGUGCUACAGAGGCAGUUGUGAAAACCUGCCAAAUUACAAGAGGCCUUACAAAUACAACAACGACUUUGACAAUUCAAUCGUCUCUGAAAUUGACAACAGAUACGACACGUUUGAGUGGAUUCCGGGAGAGUGGAGCUCGUGCUCCCAAACGUGUGGCGGCGGCAUGCGCACCCAAAUAUCUCACUGCGUCAACGAACUGGGCCACGAAGACAAAACGAGGUGCGAUUCUAACCUAAAACCUAGCACUGUCAACCUGUGCAACACCCAACCGUGCCCCAAGUGGAUGACCGGCAAGUGGAGUCCCAGUUGCGAUUCUAACUGCGAAAGGCGUAGACAAGUGACGUGCGUGGAUUAUACGAACGUUGUGGUAGACGGACGCGAAUGCGACCAGUCUCAUAAGCCGGAUAAUUCUACAAGAUGUAAACUUUCCGAAUGCCCGAAUGUCAAUCGAAUAACGGAACACUACGGCGGUAAAGGGUACCGUUGGAAGGUGGGAGCUUGGAAGCAGUGCUCCAAUACCUGCGGUAAAGGCACUAGAAGAAGACUUAUUGAAUGCGAAGACCCUCUCAAUGAUAUAACUGUUGUCGAUUCCUUUUGCAAACAUUUGAGAAAACCGAAAGCCACAAAACCUUGCGAGCGAUACACGUGUAAAUACGCCUGGAUCGAGAGUUACUGGUCAAAUUGCUCCGCCCAUUGCGGUCGUGGUACCAAAACGAGGAACGUUACCUGCCACAGGGUCCAUCAUGGCGGAAUAGUGGACCCGAACCCACUACCGGACAUUUAUAUGAACAAAAUUCAUCACAAAAAUUAUUGUUCGUUGUAUAACAAACCUACCACAACAGCGGAAUGUACACUGGGCUAUUGCGGGGACAAAUACGUCUGGCAUACGGAACCAUGGAGACAGUGUUCUCAAAGAUGCGGCAAAAAGGGGAAGCAACUACGUGCGGUACACUGCGUAAAUCUCAAAACAAAAGAGAAGGUGUCUCGCAAUCUGUGUCGAAAAAAUUUGAAGCCCACCAAAAGACGAAAGUGCAACCAAACAAAGUGUCUAAAUAGGAGCUGCAAAGAGGUGAAAACCUCGAUGAAGACCAAAGAAAACAAGGACUACUUUAUAUCGAUUCAUGGACGACCGGUGCAAAUUUACUGCUACAAAAUGGACACACCCGAACCUCAGGAAUACAUCAGCUUGCAUCCCGACGCGAGGAAUUACGCUGAAAUUUACGAUAAAAGACUGAUCGACGUUCAAUCUUGCCCCUACGACGGACAAAGGAAGGAUAGCUGUCACUGCGACGCGGUCGGCACUGACAGAUCUGGCUUUACGAAAUUUUGGAAAGUACGAUUAAAUAUCACGUCCAUGAAAAUUAUUGGCGAUGACUUCACGUUUUCAAAACAAAUAAAAGGAAGGAGGAUAGCUUUCGGCACCGCUGGCGACUGUUACAGUUCUGUGAGGGGAUGCGCGCAGGGCAGGUUCUCCGUUGACCUGACACACACUUCCUUCAAGCUGGCUAAAAACGUGCGGUGGGAGGAAAUAGGGUCCUAUGCGUCAUCGGAAAUAUACAGACAGGAAACUGUGGCGUCGGGCAAAUGCGGCGGAUACUGUGGUAACUGCGUGCCGGACCCGGACAUCGGCUUAGCAGUGGAAAUCACUUAAAACCCAAGCAACGACAUUUUCAUGUGUUCAGAGAGGCGAAGACCAGAUCAGAGAAACGUACAAUCAAAAUAAGGUUGCACUAAUUCAAUUGGAAACAAAAAAAACGUGGGAGAUUCCAAAAGAAGAUAACGACGUACAUUUUUAAUCUUUAUUAUUUAUUUUUUAUUUAGUUGGGCUUACUACUAAAUUAGUCCGUACUACUUCUCUCCUUGUAACCUAUUAAUGAAGUGUUCUAGGUCACGUGAAGAAAUUGGAAUAUUUCGAAGAUAUUUCGACCAAAGUAUAAUUUCUAAGGGCAGAGUUAGCCAUAUGCAUAUGAAUGAAAAGAUUUGGAAACGUGAUUAUAAUUGUUUUUUACCAAAACUCCGGAUUGUGACUAACGGAAAUGCGCAACGACUUAUGUAGUGACAGGCUAAAAGUAUGUAUUAAUUACAUGGACAAAAAUGUGUCAUUAGAAUUUUAUUUAUUAAUUUUUCAUUUUAAAGUUACUAAAAAGUAAGCACUGUUUGUCAUUUAUUAUAGUCCGGAACGAUACAGAGACGAUAGCAAAGUUAAAGUCGAACUGAAAAAACAAGGGGUCAAUCAAUCCGAGUCCGAAUAUUCUGGUUUACUUCACUCUACUUACGUUUUAAAUACCUUCGCAUAGAGACAAGACUUGAUUUGUAUUAUACGUUUGCCCAGUAUUUUAGUAUAUUAAUUGUUUACUCAGACCCGGUAUAUUAACGUUACAUACAUACAAUUGCCAUACCGUAAUCGUACAUUUGACAUUACUUAUUUAUUCUAUAUCCUGCGCCCAAAAAUCAUUGUUCGGUCAGAUUAAUGUUGAUUUCACGACUAUCGAGAGAGUCGUCGGGCUGGUCCCCGAAAAUUCACACGGCAGCUAUCGGUCAUCAAAACAGAAUUCCGAAGGGUUUCUCAAAACAUAAUAAUUUUUGAAGAUCAUCGCAAAAAAGGAGUGUAAAAUUUUAAUUACCUCCAUUUUUUGAUACAGUCUGCGGAAACAUGAUUUUUGGAAUCGCCAAGGAAAUAAUGGGUUUUUAAUUUCAACGAAUACUUUUUUUUAUAUCUUGACAAUCAAACCGAAAUAUUAUUUGCCAAAUAACCACCGCCACAAUACGCAAUUACAAAAUUUUCCGCAUAAAAUUGACAAUUAUUUACUAACAUACCUAGAUAUUUUCAUUUCCUAUGAAUUAAUUGUAUUAAUACGAUAUACUGACUACUGCCACCAGAGAUGUAUGAUCAUACUUUAUAUAUUUUAAACCUACGUUUAAUUCUGUCUCAUAUUGAGACCUUUUACUAAUACUACUAUUAUAAAUAUAAAAACCGAGUAUGUUAGGUUAAUUUAUGCAACACGAACUGUCCUAAUUAAUAAUUUUUGUCCGUAGGCAACAACGGUUGCAAAUAUUUUUAAUACUCGACAAUUUU